UCUGUGGUAGAGUGCGCUAAAAACUAGUGAUUUUUUUCCUGGUCGGUAUUUCAAACUCUGAGACACGAAGUCCCAUUUCAUGUCUGAUCUAUCCUAUCUUUAGUCAAUGCUCCAACUAUCAGAAGAGCAGAUAAGAGGUUGGAUAACCUAUAUCUCGAGUGUAGCAAAAUUUUUAAUAGCAUUCUUUUGACGAAUUUUUUUUUAUAUUUUCACCGAGUCAAAAUGUUUAUAAAAGCAUUUAAAGUGAAGUCCAACAAUCAAUUGAAAGGGACGGAAAGGAAGAGAUUGUGCGAGGAAAUUUUAGCAGCGUAUCCAGCGUUGACGGAUGACGAAACGCAGUCAUUGAUUCCUAAGAAAGAGGCGAUAAGUGUUAUGAAAAUUGUAACUCAUAGUGGUCAUUCAGGGAAAGUGUACUGUGUCGCUAAAGUACCCAUGUUUUUCCAACUUGAAUCCUUGCAUCAGGCAUUGUUACCCACCAUAUUCACUUUAUGGCACUAUCCAAACUUAUUAAGAACUUUUACAACAUAUGCUCCAGUUGUGUCAAAACUAGCUAGUGGUGCGGACUUGAUGUUGCCUGGAGUCAUUGUCAAAGAACCUAUAACAUUGUAUUCUUUUGGCAAAUUACAGAAGGGUACACCUGUUUCAAUAAAUACAGAUGAUAAUCAGGCACCAGUUGCUAUUGGCCUUACUGCUCUCUGCAGUGAAGACAUGUACAUGUCUGGAGGACAUGGAAAAUGCGUAGAAAUUGUACAUGUUAUAGGUGAUACACUUUGUCAAUUAGGAAAGCCUCCUGUAAGACCAAAUUUAGGGCCACUAAAUGUUGAUACAGAUAAUGAUAAAUUAGAAAAUCUAAAUGAAAUAGCCGAACAGAAUAAUGAUAAUAAUGAAGAAACGCUCAUUGAAGCAAUCAAUGAUCUAGAAACAAAUAAUGAUAGAGUGUUAGAGAUUGAAUCUCCUUGCGAGGAAGAAAAUAAAAUAGAAGAAUCUGUUGAGAUGCCUGUCGAUCAAGCAACUGAAGAAGCAGCUGUAGAUCCAAUAAAAGAAAUGGAUAGCUUGUUAGAAUACUGCUUUUUAAAAGCUUGCAAAACUUCAAUAAAAUCUAGUGAUUUACCAAUAUUGACAUCCAACUUUUUUAAAAAUCAUUUAAUAGCUGCGUGUCCAUCGGAUAAAAACGUAGAUAUAAAAAAAUCUCGGUAUAAAAAAUUAUCAUUGUUUUUAGCAGAAAUGAAAGCAAAAGGUGUUGUUAACACCUCAGUAACAAAAGGUGUUGAAAGUAUAUUAUCAAUUAAGUUUGAUCAUCCUCUUAUAAAAGGACUAGUUAUUGCAGAGGAACCUACACCAAUCCAAGAGCCAAUUAUUUCUAAUGCAGCAGUUGUCUCUGAAUGUUAUAAAGUAACGGCCGAUGUUUUGCCAGUAUUAUCAAAAUUCGGAUAUGAAAAAGGGGACAUUAUGAAAAGAGCUGAAAUCAGAAAAUGUUUUACUGAAUACAUGAAAGCAGAAAAUCUUCAAGACGGAAAGAUACUGAAAUUAAACCCGCAACUCGCGGGUAUUAUGAAAACCAAAGCGAAUGUGGAAACUGUAUCGAUAGAAGAUGGGAUAAACAAGUUUAUUGGACGUAUGACGCAUAUGCACGAAGUUACUUUAGCAGGAAACAAACUAUUACACACGGGCAAAUUGGAACCCAUCGACAUGAGAGUCACAGUUCGAUCCGGUGGUAAGAAGGUUACACUAGUAAACAAUUUAGAAACGUUUGGUAUAAAUGCUAAAGAGUUCAGCAAGGAAUGUCAGAGCAUCGGAGCGAGUGCAACGAUUACAGACGAACCAGGAAAAAAGACUCCAAGCGUUUUAGUUCAAGGAAAUCAGAUUUUGUACAUAUACAAAUUACUUACAGAAAAAUAUCAAAUUAAAAAGAAUUACAUAAGGGGAUUAGAAUUCGCUCCAAAGAAGCAAGGUUCUCAUAAAAAAUAGGCAGUCUUUAAAAAGUUACCGCAUAACAAACGUAGCGUUAUAUGAAAUUUGUCGACAUGCAUACAUCAAUUUCUAUUUAUUUUCGAUUCCAAUACUUCUUUCUAUCAAGAUUAAAUUUUUUAUUCAAACUUUGAUUAUGUUUUGAUCUGUUUUUUAAACAGAAUCAUUUAAGGAUCUCUUUACUAUUCAAAAGACUGUAUGAUAGCCUUCAUGACAUAAUGAGAUUACAAAAUUGAUAAUGCACAAUAGUGUCAAUAUCUGAACAAAUAUAUUAGAGACCGUAGAAUGCAUCCGAUUUUAGAUAUCACUAAAUUAAUCCGUUACUUGAUAUUUUAAUUUAGGAUCUUAUAAUAUGGAGACUACUAUAAUUCCAAAUAUAUGCUGCCAUCUCAGUAUGUAUAUAUAUAUAUAUAUAUAUUUCUUUUUAGAAAUAUCUUUCAUUAGAUGCUACACUAAUUUAUUAACAGUGAAUAUCAAAUACACAAAAACACGUCAUGAAUUGUACUUUGACUCGUGAAUAAACGAAUUCACAGUGAAA